GAUUUGUUCCGGUAUCCACAGUCGCUUGGCGGGGGUCCAGGGAACGCUAGGGGCUGCCAGUGUUAAACCCACGUGUGCAGCGGAUCGCAAACACCAAAUCGAAAUUACCCCAUCUGGGCGCGCACUAUCGAUCGCCCAAGUGAGCAGCACAAAACACUGAUUACUUUUGCAUCUUUCGACAUCUCUGUCGUUGCUGCCUGGACAACAGCCGCCGCGAACCUUGACCAUCAUGGCCCUUUCUGCUUCAGCCCCGGCACUUGCUGGCCUGCGCCCAGUGCUGAAUGCGCUGCCUGCUCUGACGCGCGCUCUUGUUCAGCCUGCUUCGGCUGCGACGACGACCCUGUUCGGCAAUGUCGAGCAGGCGCCAAAGGACCCCAUUCUAGGAAUCACUGAGAAGUUCCUGGCCGACACCAACCCCAUCAAGAUGAACCUGGGCGUGGGCGCCUACCGCGACGACAACGGCCAGCCGGUGGUGCUGGACGCUGUGCGGGAGGCGGAGCGCCGCGUGGCGGGCAGCCACUUCAUGGAGUACCUGCCCAUCGGCGGCCUGCGCGACUUCAUCUCCGAGUCGGUCAAGCUGGCGUACGGCGACAACGCGGCGGUGCUGGCGGAGGGCCAGGUGGCGGCGGUGCAGUCGCUGUCCGGCACCGGCUCCUGCAGGCUGUUCGCGGACUUCCAGAAGCGCUUCAUGCCCGGCACCAAGGUGUUCAUUCCGGAGCCCACCUGGUCCAACCACUUCAACAUCUGGCGCGACGCCGGUGUGGAGUUCGCCAAGUACCGCUACUACAAGGCCGAGACCCGCGGGCUGGACAUGGACGGAUUCCUGGAGGACAUCAAGCACGCCCCCGCCGGCUCCGUAUUCCUGCUGCACGCCUGCGCGCACAACCCCACCGGCGUGGACCCCACGCCCGAGCAGUGGCGGCAGCUGUCCCGCGCCAUGCUGGAGCGCGGCCACUUCCCACUCUUUGACAUGGCCUACCAGGGCUUUGCCAGCGGCGACUGCGACCGCGACGCCGCCUCCAUCCGCAUCUUCCUGGCCGACGGCCACCGGCUGGCCGUGUCGCAGUCGUACGCCAAGAACAUGGGGCUGUACGGCCAGCGCGUGGGCUGCCUGUCCGUGGUGUGCGACAACAAGCGCGACGCCUCCGCCGUGGAGAGCCAGCUCAAGGCCAUUGCGCGGCCCAUGUACUCCAACCCGCCCCUGCACGGCGCGCUGCUGGUCACCAAGAUCCUGCAGGACAACGACCUCAAGCAGCUCUGGUUCAAGGAGGUCAAGGGCAUGGCGGACCGCAUCAUCUCCAUGCGCUCGCUGCUGCGCAAGCGCCUGGAGGAGGCCGGCAGCCCGCUGCCCUGGGGCCACAUCACCGACCAGAUCGGCAUGUUCGCAUACAGCGGCAUGAGCCCCGAGAUGGUUGACGCGCUGGCCGCCCAGCACCACAUCUACAUGACCCGCAACGGCCGCAUCUCCAUGGCCGGCGUCAACACCAAGAACGUGGGCCGCCUGGCCGAGGCCAUGCACGCCGUCACCAGCGGCAAGCUCUGAAACCCAGCCGGCGGCUAACAGCGAGAGCUAGGGCGUCCGCGAUAGCAGCUAGCUGCAGUGGAAUGCUGGCAUCUGGAGCGAGCCGUAGAUGAAUUUGUGUGGCGGGUACCCAAGGUACGCCCGCGGACUGUCGCAAUAAGCAGCAGGCGCAUGCGCACGUGCCGGACUGCAACCGGCAAGCAGUAAAAUUGCUGGAGCGGCGGGCUGGGGAGCGGGAUAGAAGCAACGCUUAACGUACCAGAGUAUUGGCAUCCAAGGAGGCUGCUCAUUCGUGCCAGAGCUAGCUGGGGGCAGGCAGGAUUCAUGAAUCUAAGUCACCUUCGUUUACCUGUCACGGCCAGGACACUGGUGGCUGUAUAUGUGUCUCGCACAUAAGGCGGGCGACAUGGCUGGGCCACAUGCUUGCGAGCGCACUCAGUGCGGGCGCAAUGCGGGCGCAAGGAUUGGCUUUUUGGUGGCACGAAGUGGGUCAUGUCAGGGUCGUGUGUUCUGCUGCACUUGACACAGGCAUGACAGGGCCAUGACAGGCUGGGAAGCAGCGAUGAGGUGAAACGGCCGAUCUGCUGGCGUAGGGGGAGGGGCACUUGCAAGUGGAAUGAAGCACUGUGUGGCUUGACAUGGAGAACUGACAUGUGUGGCGAUAUCCCCAGGAUUAGGAAGGGACGCAAUGCGCGCAGCAGGGAAAGGCUGGUCUGCGCUCGGUUUCAAUGCCAGUUGUGUGUUCUGACUGCUGACAUGACGUGUUAACUGAUUACCAUGUUAAUGUUACGCAAUGAAUGUGUUGCAUGCGUAGUUACGGCGGGGGAGCAGCAGGUCGGCUUGGUGCCGGUGGAGCCACCGCCGUUGAUGCUAUGGAGAACACCGGCAAGUCAGGCCGUGUGUUCUACUGUACCAGCUGUGGAGCAAGUCGGCGAGGCGCCGGCAGUUGGAGCCAAUAUCGAGGGUGAGAGCGGACCGCACGUGCUGUCGAGGCUGGCGGUGUGUUGGCGUCAUCCCUGUGCCCUUGUGUGCGCAUGUCGCGACUGCAGUUGACGACGUGCCGAGGUGUCCUGAACUUGGAUUUGACAUUUCACAUGCGCAUACGGGGCUUACGCUGUACCGUCUGGCGUACCGUAUAUGUGGCAUGUGUGAACGAGCGCGUCUGUGGUCAGUCAACAAUAAGCAGCAUGUAAGGCCAAUGGGGCUUUCGCUGUAAGUCUAGCGUGUUUUGUGGUGUGUGUGAGAUGGGGGCUGUUGGGGGCGGCCAUGCGCGAGGGUUCAGCCGACAUGCUGCCAUAAGGCUGCCAUGUGUGUGCUGAACAGCCGAGGUGGAUCGGGUGACGUCAGGGCGCCGAGGUGUAAGCCAGGAGUCAGGAGGUAUUGCGUUACACAGAGUCCCAACCUUGCUGGAGACCACACUUCUGGUGCAUUGCAAUGGUGAUCGCAAGAA